AUGCCAUCGGGAAAGAAAAACGCCAUCCUCAACCCGAACGUACUUUGGCCAAAAGCAAAGAUCCCUUACGUUAUCGCUGCGAGUUUCACUUCCGCCCAGUUGCAAGUCAUCGACUUAGCUAUCAACGAGUACCGCAACAAAACUUGUAUCCGCUUUGUUCCUCGAACUAGUGAGGUCAACUACAUCCAGAUCGUAAAGAGUGGCCAAGGGUGUUGGAGCUACUUGGGUAAAAUCUGUGGCGGAUGGAUGUGGCGGCAAGAUUUGAGUCUCGACGACGGAUGUGCCUCAAACCUGUCGCAGGGCACCGUCUUGCACGAGCUGAUGCACGCAAUCGGAUUCGAACACGAACACCAGCGUCCGGAUCGUGACAAAUACGUGUCCAUCAAUUUCAACAACGUUGAAAAAAAAAACAGAGGCCCACUCGAAAAACAGUCGACAGCGCAGGUCACCACUCUCGGACUGCCUUACGAUUACGGUUAA